AUGUCGCAUGAUAUUAAUAACAUCGAGGGCAGGCACAGACUCGGUCCGAACUUGCAAGUUCAUACAAGUCACAACGACGACAACUCGACUACUCAAACUUCCAACUGGCUGAAACUAGUGCUCAACGACCAAGAAGUAAAUCCGUCGUUUAGUUUAUGGAAUUCCUAUCCUGAAGAUCAAAAACUACAUAGUAAGCCGCCCUCUUAUGAUAGACAACUUCAUUCUCCCCUCGUUUUUAAGACUUUCAGUCCGGGAAGCGGCGAAUCUUCUCGUUCAAACGCAAAUUGUCCCAAUUAUCAAUCUUCGUCUUCGCCGUAUACAAAUAUCCACAACAUGUCCGAAGACCAAAUCAUCCGAGUCGUGGAAGUGCUUGGGAAAAUCUUAGAUGACGUCAAGGUUGACAUACAGGGAACAGUAAUUAACACUACGGAUAUCGAUGAGAUUAUUCCUCAGUCCUUUCUCGACGAAUUUAACAAGCUUCUGAAUGAUUCUCCCAUAUCUCACCAAGAUAUAGCAAAACCGGCAGUCAUAAAAUCUGUAUCUCAACUUCGCCAUUAUUUACGUGAUGAUGCCUCCAUUUCGCAAACGACGGAAAUUUAUCGUUGCGUUUUUAAUUUCUGUUGCCAAAUGACUGCUUUCCUAACAGUUGCUCAAAUGUUCUUCGAAAUAGUUGCAAAGGAACUAUUAUGCGACAAUGCUGAUGAUGUAUUUGCCAAGCGUCGCAUGGAAGGCUUUAUGAACAUUUUUCAAGACGAUGAUAACGUAUUUAUACAUCAAGCGAACAAUAAUGGCAAUUACCACGUCUUGGAAGGAUUUAUCUGGUAUUAUCAACUAAUUCACCCGCGCGGUGAUCGUUGCCAUGAUCUAUCGCUCAGAUUACGUUCUCUUGCUAUUCGCUUUGCAACUUCCUCUUCCAUCGAGGCUAUCCUAUCGAUGUUUUAUACAAAAUACUUUUUGAACGUUUUUGCAAAAGAACAUCAAAAAGAUCAUGGUCAAUUUUAUACGCCGAGAGAAGUCAUGAAAUUUAUGUGGGAUCGAGCAUUAUUCGGGAAAGGAACCGGAACUGAAAUCGACAAGCUGCUUGGAUUCUAUCCUCAAAAUUGUAACGGACAUGAUCACGAUGGUUCAUCUUCAUGCGGUCACCUACCUGACGUGCCUAGUGUCUUGGACCCAUGCAUGGGCGUCGGUUCAUUCCUAUGCGAGUUUAUAAAUCGUCUUAUUAAUGCAGCUCAGCAAACUCCUUCAGUUUGGAACAAUCCUAGGGCACUCGUCCAUUUAAUUCAGUCAAUCGCUAAGAAGAUUUGGGGAAUAGAGAUUGAUGGUUUUGCCUUCCACCUGGCCAAGCUCAACAUAGCAAUACACAUCAUACCAUUAUACAAGCGCCUCUUGUGGUUUCCCACGUCAAUACCUUUCAAGCUGCCCCCUCUGCAGCUAUUCUGUAACGAUACUCUGAAUCUCUACCUCCCGAAAGCAAUCAACUCGUGGGAAUAUAAAUGCCUAAGCCUACUACGCUCGCCGCAGAAACUAAAGUUUGAUUAUAUAGUCACUAACCCCCCGUAUAUGAUAAGAAAAACCGGGUUUAUAUCUGAACCAGACAGUGAAUUGUUUGACGAACGAAUACUUGGCAAAGGUGGUAUGCAAGCCUAUGCAUAUUUCUUCUGGUUCUGCGUCGAAAGGUGUAAAGAAGAGGACGGCGAGAUGUGCUUAAUAAGUGCGAGUCAGUGGAUGGGACUAGAAUUCGCCGACAAGCUCAGGGCUUGGAUUUGGCAGCAAUGUCAUCUGAUAGAAUUUUUCCAGUUUGAGCCAUUCAAAGUAUGGCGGAAAAUCCAAACGGACUCGCUCAUAUUUCGUCUUCGUCGACGAAAAGUUCCCAUUAAUCCCAAUUGCAGCAAUCCAAUUCCCGAUUCUCACUCAUCAAACCCAGUGUGUUUCCUAAGAUACAUGAAUCGAAAAGCAACCCUGCAGGAAACUUUGAAGGCAUACUCAGAGUUUAAUCCAAAAAAUCCUGACAACACCGACAUGCAUUACAAGCUUACAGAUCCACACCCGAAAACUAUACUUCCAUUAAAAACGAGUUCCUUUUCCUUUACGUUUUUAAUGCCUACAUCUGCCGUAAGUGAAUGGCUGCAUUCACGAACAUCAAAUUUGCCUUCCUUGUGUGAUCAUUCAAGCCUCAAAUCCACGUGGCAAGAACAGAAUCCAUUAAUCUGGCAUCGAGGUCCUAAUACAACUCCUGUCUAUGCUUUGGUGGUGCGCACCGCAUGGGCACAUUCUAAAUUUGGCCCUGCCGUCUGUCAGAGAUGGCUGAGACCCGUUUUUUAUUGGAACGGCAAGAACGGAGGAAAAGAAGCCGAAUUCUGGCAGAAAAUGGGAGAUGAAUUAAGAUUAGAAAAAAAGGAAAAUUCGCCCGCAGAGGCUUAUGUGCCGUUUUUGGCAUCAAAGCAGAAGGCAUUGAGAGAAAAGGCGGGAUAUUCGUUAAUCAUGGUAGACCGAGAGGGAGUAGAUAAGGUGCGAGAAGAAUUUGGAGAGGAAAGCGAGUUUUGGAAGUUUUUAAGAGAAGCGAGAAAGCAUCUGCAGACAAACAUGAAUUCGAGAGAGAUAGUUUUCUGUGGUACCAGCAAAUGCGGUGUGGAUAUCAAAACAAAAAUCAUACAUCCGAUAAAUUAUGGAUAUUUUACGAAAAACCAGCCGCGCCAACGGUUUUUCGUAGACGAAGACAGUGUUUGCGUAACAAAUCAGUGUAUAUAUUUUACGGUAAAGGCCACUACUGGCCUUUCGCCAUACUUUUUCCUUGGGCUGUUGAACUCGACAACGAUUCAACACUUCUUGGCGCACCAUUGCAAAUAUGAUCAGCAAGGCCGCAUGAGACUGUUUCGUGAAAGUAUGGCUAAAAUUCCGUAUGCACCACCCACGGACUUAAGUACCGUAGAAUGGUUUGUAGAAUGUGUGCGUAAAAUGGUUCGGGUACGUCGGAUGUUGUUUGAGGGAUUGGCUUAUUGUGAUGAUGCGGAUAAAGUAGGAAGCACUAUAAUAGAGAAUUUGCGGCGUGGGACGUGGUUGUUGACUGGGAGAGAAUGGGAGAAAGAACGGUCAGAGGAGACGGAUGGGAAUAGAGUAGUUUUAACGGAAGAAAAAGAGGGGAAUUGGGUAACUGUAAAAAAGCGUCGUGGGCAUGGUGAUGGGGUGGAAUACUCGAUGUAUCCAGAGUCGACAGGUCGCGACGAAGUAAUGGUUUGUGAGAUAGCUCUACCACGAGCAACUACCAUUACCACUCAACGAAUAUUCAGGAACACCUGCAUGACCAAGACGCAAAGCAUGCGGCAUUUCUUCGAAUCACUAUUAUACGCGUCGGCAUGCCUUCAAUACGCAAUCGACCAGUACACUUACUCGCUGUACGGUAUCGAGGCGACAGCUCAGGAAUCAUUGGAAGCAGAAUUAAAAUUAGAAGUACCUGAGGGGGUUACCGAAAGUCGUCCACGUUGGAACGGUGUUAGUGGAAAUCAUACAGGACGCCUCGGUAAUGUCGUCGUCAGAGGAUAUUUGCCGGCUUGGAGCGACCAGCUAUUCAGAGAAGUCAAUCAGACGAUCAAAGAAGGUCAAUUGACGUUAGCAGAAAAAAAAAGAGCGACUUGA